AUGGCUAUUAUACCAGAUUGGCUUACUUCAUAUCCUCACACGCGAAAAUUUACAUGUUCAAGACCCCAUUCUUCACCAUGUAGAUUAUAUUCAAGGAAUGGUUUCCAAAAUAUGUUCAGACCUUCAUCUUCGACCACAGCUGUUGCAAAUCCAAUACUGUCCUUCUUAGAUGUUAAACGGAUUUUAUUUCAAAAAAUUACUGAUAAAGGAGAUGAGUUGAAAAAAGCCUUUCAGCUUCUUGAUCCUGGUCAGAACUUGACAGUGUCAAAAAAUGAACUGCGAAGAACUAUUGCAACCUUCCUGAUGCCUCUCACAAAAGAACAGUUUCAAGACGUGUUGGCUCAGAUCCCCCUCACCUGCUCUGGUUCUGUACCAUACCUCGAAUUCCUGUCCAGGUUUGGUGGAAUUGACCUCAAUGUAAAUGUUAUAAAGAAGGGAGGUGGGAAUGAAAUUAAUUGCUGCCGUACAGUAAAAGAACUUGAACUCCAAAUGGGAGAAAAGGUUUUCAAAAACAUUAAAACUGUUAUCAAAGCCUUUAAGCUCAUUGAUGUUAACAAGACUGGACUGGUUCAACCACAUGAACUAAGAAGAGUUCUGGAGACGUUCUGUUUGAAGUUAAGGGAUGAGGAAUACAAUGUCUCAUUAGAGCAUCAACAAGGCAAAAAUUCGAGAAAGGAACGUUCACUCAAUUCUGUGUCAUCUGAAGAUAAUUGGAAAAACUACUCCUUAGAUGAAAUUGAGAGGACCUUUUGCCAGGAGUUUUGGAAGUCCUAUGACAAGAUUGAAAAGGCUCUCAGUGCAGGGGACCCAUCUAAAAGUGGUUAUGUGUCCUUUAAUUACCUAAAGAUUGUCUUUGACACCUUUGUAUACCAAUUACCAAGAAGAGUUUUUAUCCAGUUAAUGAAAAGAUUUGGACUUAAAACCACCACAAAAAUCAAUUGGAAGCAAUUUCUAACAUCAUUUUAUGAGCCUCAGGGGUUGGAUAUUAGCAAUAUAGUUCCCCCGAGAAAAAGAAAUAGCUUCAGCUGUAGAAAUCAAUCGCGCAAGGAAGAUAUCAUCACAAAGUUAUUUAGACAUUCUGAAGACUGCUUUACAUCAUUGAAGAAAGCAUUACUGAUGAUCAAUACUGAACCUGAUGGACAGAUAACAGGGGAAGAAUUGAGGCAUGUUCUAAAUAGCAUGGUUGCAAAAUUAAGUGAUUCAGAAUUCAAAGAGCUAAUGCAAAUGCUCGACCCUGGGGGCACUGGAAUGAUCAAGAUCUCCAUGUUUACUGACCUGCUUGAUGAGAACCCAAAGACGAGGAAGAUAUCCCCCUGUACAGACACUAAGACACCUCUCCACCUGGCCUGGGAUUCAGUAGAAGAAGUUGUUCAUGAUGCAAUUACUAGGAGUCUACAAGCUUUUUAUAACAUGCUGCAGUCAUAUGACCUUGGAGACACAGGGCUUAUUGGUCGAAAUAAUUUCAAGAGAAUCAUGAACAUAUUCUGCCCACUUUUAAUGAAUGAACAUUUAGUAAAACUCUGCAGUAAGUUUCAGGAUAAUGCUUCAGGAAGAAUCCUUUACAAGAAACUUUUGGCAAGCAUAGGCAUUAAUGGCCCACCUGUCGUCUCUCCAAUUCUUGCUCCAAAGGAUCAGCUAAGUGAACGUUUUCAAAAAGCAAAGCAGCAGCAGCCAGAUCUUUCUGAGAGAACCAAGCCCACUGAAGAUAAAACCACCCUGACCAAGAAUAUGACCAAAGAAGAAGUUAUCAAAAAACUCAAAAACUAUAUACGGCAGCAGGACCCAGCAUUCAGAAAACGAUUUCUUGACUUUGGCAAAGAACCUAAUGGAAAAAUCAACGUGCUUGAAUUUAAGAAGGUACUAGAAGAUACUGGAAUGCCCAUGGACGAUGACCAGUAUGCUCUGCUGACUACAAAAAUAGGCUUUAAGAAAGAAGGGAUGAGUUAUCUUGAUUUUGCAACAGGAUUCGAAGAUGCUCAAAGGAAUAAGCCAGAAGCAGCCCCACCUCAGACUCCAAUUUCUUCAAAAAGUCAUCUGGACAGCCACUUUAUAACUGCGGAAGAAUGCCUGAAACUCUUCCCCAGGAGACUGAAGGAGUCAUUCCGGGACUCCUACUCAGCCUUCUUUAAAACAGACACCGACAGGGAUGGCAUAAUCAACAUGCAGGACCUUCAGAGACUGCUGCUGCACUUGCUGCUCAACCUCAGAGAUGAAGAAUUUGAGCGUUUCCUUGGCCUUCUUGGUUUGAGACUUAGUGUCACUUUAAAUUUUCGGGAAUUUCAGAAUUUGUGUGAAAAGAGACCGAUCAGAACAGAUGACGCACCUCAAAGACUCGUUAGACCAAAACAGAAGGUCGCAGAUUCAGAACUGGCUUGUGAACAGGCUCAUCAGUAUCUUGUUACCAAAGCGAAAAACAGAUGGUCAGACUUGUCUAAGAAUUUUAUAGAAACUGAUAAUGAGGGCAAUGGCAUUCUUCGACGACGGGAUAUAAAGAACGCUCUGUACGGUUUUGAUAUUCCCCUCACACCAAGAGAAUUUGAAAAGCUUUGGACAAGCUACGACACCGAGGGAAAAGGGCACAUUACUUACCAAGAGUUCCUACAGAAGCUGGGUAUUAACUAUUCCGCAGCUGUGCAUCGGCCCUAUGCAGAGGAUUAUUUCAACUUCAUGGGUCAUUUCACGAAGCCACAGCAGGUACAAGAAGAGAUUAAGGAGCUGCAGCAGAACUCAGAGAAGGCUGUGCCGGCCAGGGAUAAGCUUAUGGACCAUUAUCAAGAUAUCAGCAAAGCACUCACCAAAAUUGAUAAAUCUAAAAAUGGCUACAUAUCCAUACGCAAGAUGCAGAAAGUGCUGCAAGAAUGUGGUUGUUCUCUUAUGGAAGAGGAGCUGACCAAUCUUCUAAGCAGUUGGGGAAUCAGCUGGCAUGAUAAUUCUGUCAGUUACGCUGACUUCUUGAGAGCGUUGGAGAACAGCAUGCUGGCAAGAGCUCAGCCAAAAGAGAAAGAGGAGAGCCUGCCAAUCAACUUUUCCACACUGACUCCAGAGGAGGUUGUGAAGAACAUCCAGGAAGUGGUUGAGUCUUCCCAACCCGCUUUGUUAAAGGCAUGUUCUGCAUUAGAUAAAGAGGACACAGGGUUUAUAAAGUCUACAGAAUUUGGACAAGUUAUUAAGGAUUUCUGUUACAAACUCACAGAUAGUCAGUAUCAUUAUUUUUUGAGGAAACUAAGAAUUCAUCUAACCCCCUAUAUAAAUUGGAAAUAUUUCCUCCAGAACUUCAGCUGUUUCCUUGAGGAG